AAAACCACAAUAUGUGAUUACACUGCAAUUAAUUGGUUUCCAGGGCAGUAGGCUACAAGGGGCCAAGCAGCUAUAGUAGUAGUGGUAAGAUGGCAACUGAGAAGGAGGAGAUUAAAUCAACUGAAGAUGAGCAAUCUGCAGAUGGUCAGAAGGAACCACUCAAGGAGAAACUCAUGAAAUACCCAAAGGCUUGCUUGCAAGUGUUCACAUGCUACACCACUUGUUACAAUAAGUUGAAGAAGCCAGAGCCAAAGACUCCUGAGUAUAUACCUGUGUAUGUGAAGGCCCACUCGGACAUGGAUGAAGAAGAUCCCAGCACACAGCCGCCUGAAACCAGACCACAAGAGAAACCGACAGAGCAGCCCUUCAGUGAGGAGCCUUCAGAGGAACCACCACAACCAAAGGCUGCAUCACAAGCUGCAAAGUCGAUGCAAAUACUCGAGGGGCAGGGGUACACCCCUCCUCUACUGGGGAAGCACCCAGUCCACACACUAAAUUCUCUCCUCAAUUCAAUAACAUUUGGGAGUUAUGGAGAUUUGAAUAAAGUUGCUGAGGAGUGGACAAGGCCCCUGCGCUUCAGUAAUAAAAAGCUGCACAAUGCCUUUCUGAAGCUUGAAUUCAGAGAUCUCUCCAAGAAAUUCAAAGAUGCGUUGACUGAUAACAAGCCACUUCCGAAUGAUAGGCACUUUAAGGACAUCAACGACAACAUUUCAACAGAUGACGGGGAACGACGGGACCUACUCAAGUCACUGAUCAUUGUUUCAGAAGUGUUUAGUAUGUUUCCCAAACACAUUGUCAAGAAUAGUGCAGCGUUGACUGAAGUCCAGAGGACGCAACUGAUGGAAUUAAUGAGCCGAAUGCCCUAUCAUGUGAGCACACAUGUCUUCACUGAUCCAGAUGCGAUUCUCCUUCUCAACAAUUCAGUUUUGCGGUCGAUUUUGACAAGGGUUGGAUUUUCCAAUCAAGCCAAUACCUCAUCAAUAGAGUGGUCUGACAAAAACCUGGGACUGGAUGCUGGGUUGUUCCUCCUCUGGGGAACCUACAUUAGAGAACAAUGAUUGAAAGAGAACACUGAUUGAACUUUUAACAAUUGUAUAGCUAGGAUUAGAAGAGGGCAACAGCCUUCACUGUGAUGUAGUGUUUAAUAGUUCA